CAUCCGCAGAGAGAAUUCUUGCUCGAGUGGCGAGCACAAAGUAGGUUUUGGAGUCAAGUCAAAACUAAUGCAUCAAAAAAGCGCGAAGAUUUAUUAUUCUGUAUAAAGAUUUAGACGAGUGACCAAUCAUGUUUGUUAAAAUUCUUCUGGCCUUCACUGCACUUGGGUGCGCGUUUCUUGGACUAUGCUGGGCUGAUGAUCCAGUAGAAAAUGGUUAUAUCUUCACUUCGCCACGAUAUUUGAAAAAAGGACAAAAUAACCAAUUACAAUUGAUUCGGUUUGGAUGUCUUGAGGACACUUCUUUAAAGGUUAAAUUAUUCUACAAGAAAGAUUACAAUUCAAAUGAAACUCUUGCUCAGCAACAAGUUUACCAUAUACCAAACGGAAGAAAAGAUGCACUAUUGAAAUUUUUUGUAAAGCCAUUCAAAGACACAGGCUACAUAUACAGUGGAAGACUACAAAUUAAUGGUACCAUGUGUGGCAAAAAAAUUAGCGGCAGUGAUGAAGUUAACUUUUCUGAUUCAAAUUCAGAUAUUUACAUUAUUCAAACAGAUAAACCAUUAUAUAAACCUGGGCAAACAGUGAAAUUCCGUGUGUUGAAAGUUGAUAAAAAUUUAAGACCAUCUGACAAAGAGAAUGAUGUAGCUGAUGUUUAUGUAGAAGAUCCCAGAGGAACAAGAUUAUUUCAAUUUAAAGGGGUUCAUCUUGGAAAAGGAAUUACACAAAAUGAAUUCCCACUUGCCGAUGAGCCUGUUCAAGGAACGUGGAGAAUCACAGUAAACAAAGAUAAAGAUUCACAGACAACCACUUUUGAUGUGAAAGAAUACAAGCUCCCAAAAUUCGAAGUUUCAAUUAAAUUUCCUCCCUAUGUGCUUGAAAAUGCAGAUAGUAUUCCUGUGUCAGUGUGUGCCCAAUACACGUACGGUAAGCCGGUACAGGCUCAUUUGAAUUUGAAUACCUCUCUGGAAAUGUACGCAUACGAAUCGUCAUAUUAUAGAACUCCAAUCUUGCAAAAUUCUCUCGAGAUCGAUGGAUGUUAUAAUUACACUAUAAAUGUCACUGAAAUCGAUCCUAAGAGAAAUAAUAACUACAAAAGAGUGCAGGUAUCAGCAAAUGUUAUAGAAGACGAAACAGGGGUGGAAGUAAACAAGACUGAAUAUUUAGAUCGAAGCUACACGCCUUUAAAUCUAGAUUUUAACGUAGACAGCAAUCAUGGACAGUAUUAUAAGCCCGGUUUACCAUACAAUGGAAAACUGAAAGUAACACAUCCUGACAACACUCCUGCUCCAGGACAACCUAUUGAAAUAUGUGCCACAGUGAGCAGGAAAAGAAUAAUCGAUACCUGGUUAGCUACCAAGGAAGUAAAAUAUUGCAAGAAUUAUACAUCAGAUGCUAAUGGCUAUGUCAAGUAUGCCUUAGUACCCCAAAACUUUGAUUCAACUUCCAUCAAUUUAUUUGCUAGGUCACUGAAAUAUACUGGAGAAAAUGAUAUAAGCAGUCCUACAGCAGGUGCUUAUUUAAAUCCUUUCUACUCUCCAUCUGGAAGUUUUGUUCAGUUGGAAACUAUUGAUAAUCCUAUUCCGUGUGGAACGAAAAAAAAUAUUAGACUUCUAUUCACCGCUGAAGAAAACACCGAAUUUCAAUUACGAUACGAGAUAUUAAAGCAGGGUACUGUUGUAAAAAGUGGCUCCAAACAGGUAACCUUUAACAUCCAAGAUGACGUCUCAAGUAAAUAUGAAAAUAGUGAUGAAAUUAUCAAUGGUUCAGAAACUCAAAUUUCCCCAUCACUGCCCGAGUCAUCAUCCAGUGAAUCUUCAAGUGAAGAGAAUUGUCCUAGUGCAAAAGAAUCUCAUUACACACCACCUAUUGGAGAAGUAAAUAUUCCAAUCGAUGUCGACGCUUCCUUGUCAGAUUCAUUUACUUUACUUGCUUUCUAUGUGAGAGAGGAUCGUGAAACUGUUGCAGAUUCUCAAAAGAUUCAAGUCGAAAAAUGCUUCAAAAAUCAGGUUACUUUUGCAUUCCAAAGUCAAGAAGCACAACCAGGAACUGAUACUGCAAUUCAAAUCACAUCCUCUCCUAAUUCACUUUGCGGUGUGAAAGUAGUAGAUAAAAGCGUUUCUCUUCUCGACUCAAGCGAUCAGUUGACGAAAGACAAGGUUUUCCAAUUUCUCUCGAACUUAGAUCCACCGACAUAUUACAGUUCUGAUUUUUGCUAUACAGAUAAAACUCAACCAGGAUUGCAAUCAAUGGACAAGGACUCUAAAGUCAAUCCAAAAAAUUCUUUCUAUUCUUCAUCUUAUGAGGAUUCAUAUGCUGCUUUCCAGGAUGCUGGAUUCCUAGUGAUUAGCAAUUUAAUUCUGUUUAGCAGACCUUGCUCUGUUGGUGGUGGAGGGGGAUUUGGACCUAUGCCUAUUGCAGGACCUGACGGGGGACCUAUUCCGUUCAUGGCGGCUGGACCAGGAGGACUACCACAACAGCCAGGGGCACCAGGCGGUCCUUCAUUUGCUUUCCAAAAAUCUGCAGUUGCAUUUGGGCCCGCAGCAACACAAUCUGCUGUGGAAGUAAGGAAUUAUUUCCCAGAAACUUGGUUGUUCCAGUUACAGAUGACAGGUUCGGAUGGAGUAUUCCAAGCAAUAGAAACCCUUCCACACACUAUUACUGAAUGGGAUGGCAGUGCAGUCUGUAUUAACUCCCAAGAUGGCCUCGGUCUGUCGGACACAGCAUCCAUCAAGGGCUUCCAGGCAUUCUUUAUAUCUUAUACUCUUCCCAUAAGCGUCAUCAGAGGAGAAGAAUUCAUUGUAGUAGUAUCCAUCUACAACUACGUCGAUGCUGCUUUACCAGUUACAGUCACUUUGGCUCAACCCCAAGGAUUUGAAGUGAUUAGUGAUUUGUCUGACAAUGACAUUUGCAUACAACCAGAUUCAAGUGAAAGUAUGAGAAUCAAAUUGAAAGGUACAAAAGUUGGAUCAAUCAAUAUAACAGUUGAAGCUGAAACAGCAUCUUCCAGUCAAGUUUGUGGAGAUUCUCCGGUCUAUGAUGGUGUGGCAAGAGAUGCUAUUACUCAGUCGUUAGAAGUUGAAGCUGAAGGAUUCCCCAACGAAAAUGUGAACAGCAUUUUGUUCUGUCCUUCAGAUGAAGAAACUAAUGAAUUUUCCACAUCUUACAAUCUAAACUUACCAAAGGAUGCUGUACCUGGUUCUUCAAGAGCUAUUGUUGACGUCAGUGGAAAUGUGAUGGGUCCUGCCAUACAAAAUCUCAACAAUCUCGUCUCUCUUCCUACUGGAUGUGGUGAACAGAAUAUGGUGAAAUUCACUCCAAAUUAUCUUGUGCUGGAUUAUCUAACAGACAUCGGGAAACUGACAGACAGCAUUAAAUCCAAUGCUAUACAAAAUCUUAAUACAGGUUACCAGCGUGAAUUGACAUUCCGACACUAUGAUGGAUCAUUCAGUGCUUUUGGUGAUAGUGAUAGGGAAGGCAGCAUGUUUUUAACAGCUUUCGUAUUGCGCUCUUUCUACCAAGCCAAGAGAUACAUUUAUAUCGAUGACGGAGUCCUGCAAGACGCUCAACAAUGGAUAAUAUCUAAACAACAAGCAGAUGGUUGCUUCCCCAAUAUUGGUCAAAUCAUUGACAGCGGUAUACAAGGUGGACUAGAUCAAGAUAAGAAAAGUGGGUCAAUAACUUCCCACGUUCUAGCUUCCCUUCAAAUUUCAAAUUAUCAAAAUAAAACAGUCAUUGGAAAUGCCUUGGAAUGUUUAAGUAACAAUCCUCCUUCAACUCCUUAUGAGACAUUCUUAUAUGCUUAUGCCGAAGCUCUGGCCGGCCAAAAGUCUGCAGCUAUGAGUCUAAUUAAUAAUAUUAGGCCUCUAGCAAUUAAAGAUGGUGGCUUGGAAUAUUACAGGAAUCCCAACGGUACAAAAUCAUUGGAUGUUGAAACAGCUGCUUAUGCAGUGCUGGCAAACCUUCAAGUGGGCUACAGUAAAUCGGUUGUUCUUCCUUUCGUCCGUUAUUUAUCAACAAAUCUGAAUCCUUCAGGUGGAUUCUACUCCACUCAGGAUACUUGUGUGGGAUUGGAUGCUCUCAGCGAAUUUGCAAAACUAGUUUACGCAGAUCCCUUAGACAUUUCUGUUUCCAUCAAAGGAGGCUUAAAUGAACAAGUUCAAAUCGACGAAGACAACAAACUGUUGGUGCAACGAAAUAAAGUUUCUCAAAUUCCAAGUCAACUCAACAUUGAAGCUACUGGAACAGGCUGUGGGCUCUUGCAGAUAUCGCUUCGAUAUAACACUCGUACCCCACCUGAGGAAAAGUUCUUCAAUCUUCAAGUAACAGGAUACUGCACAAGUACAGAUUGCAAACAAAGAAAAAUUUCAACUGCUGUAAGAUAUACGCCACAGGGUCAAAAAUCUGGAAUGAGCGUUGUUCAAAUCAAAAUGAUUUCUGGUACAAUUGCUGUGAAGGAUAGCCUGAACCAGCUCACUUCUGAUCCAACUAAUAAUAUAUUAAGAGCCGACGUUGAAAAUAAUCAAGUCAAUGUGUAUUUCACAGAGAUAUCCAACAAUGCACAAGAAUUUUCUUUCGAUGUUGAAGAGAUUGUCGAAGUGGAGAAUCCUCAACCUGGAAUUGCUAAAGUUUUUGACUAUUAUGCACCUGAAUACUCUACAUCUGUGUCUUACACUUUCGGAAAUUGAAACUGAUGCAAGACUUCCAGACAUGAAAAUAAUAUUACGACUUUACUAUCCUGUAUAUUUCAUUAUAUGAAAUUUCUUCUAUUUAUUCCUGUUCAAACUACAGAAGUGACUGAUUUAUAGCAUACACCAAUAUUUUAUGCAACAUUUUAUAAAAUUUCUUUUUUUUAGUAACAAUAUAUUAAAAUGAAAUUCUUUUGA